UUCUGCCGUUUACAGGUUGGGUUCUUCCCACAAUGCAACCGAAUCUCUCAGCGGGAAACCAAAAUGGCGAAUACGCUGGGAGAGAACGACUCGUUUGUAAUUUUCUAAAAAAAAAUAUUUUCGAGCUCGUGAAACCGAAGAGAAAGGAUCUGCGGGUUUAUCAAUAUAAACAUAAGACUGCGCGUUGAGGAGAAGACCACGAUUAUCGGUUAAGGCCGAUUUCUUAAAUAUAUGAAACAUUUUGACCCCCUGAAGUGACCGAAUGAGAGACGCAACGGGUGCAGCGAACUUGUCUGACCACCAGAAAUCGCAUUCCCAUCGACUAAACAAGUCGCCUGCGUCCCCGGCCAAACUCUCUUUCAAGGAUGGGCAACGGGGCACCACGAAACUUGCGAGCAAAUUUGAAGAGGGACAAGAUGUCCUAGCUCGCUGGUCGGAUGGCUUGUUUUAUCUGGGAACUAUCACGAAGAUAAACAAACAAAACCAGAGCUGCUUUGUUGUUUUUGAAGAUCGUUCCAAAUCCUGGGUUCUUUGGAAGGACAUUCAAACGGUUGACAGACCUCAGGGUUUCUGGCCUUACACAAACUGUAAGUUGCACCAGGCGUCCGGGGACGAGAUUAGGGAAGGGGGCAGCGGAGGUGGUGAGAUGGUCUGUACGAUAUGCCAGGAUGAAAGCUCCGAGCCUCCCAACGAGAUCGUCAUCUGUGACAAGUGUGGCCAAGGCUAUCACCAGCUCUGCCAUGCUCCCAACAUUGACUCCAGUGUGAUUGCUUCCAACGACAAGUGGCUCUGCCGGCAGUGCGUGUUUGCUACGACGACGAAGAGGGGCGGUGCGCUGAAGAAGGGCCCGCACGCCAAAGCGCUACAGGAGAUGAAGCAGUCGCUGCCCUACGCCCUGGAGGACCUGGUGUGGGACCAGGGCCACAAGACAAAUGUCCAGCAGUGCUACUGCUACUGUGGGGGCCCCGGAGACUGGUAUCUGAAGAUGCUGCAGUGCAGCAGGUGUAAGCAGUGGUUUCACGAGGCCUGCAUUCAGUGCUUUCAGAAGCCCAUGCUCUUUGGAGACAGGUUCUAUCUAUUUAUUUGUUCAGUUUGCAAUUCUGGACCAGAGUACCUCAAACGUCUACCUUUAAGAUGGGCAGACAUUGUACACCUGAGCCUAUACAAUCUGAGCGUCAUUCACAAAAAGAAAUACUUUGACUCGGAGUUGGAGCUAAUGGCAUACAUCAAUGAGAACUGGGAUCGACUGCAGCUUGGAGAGCUUGGAGAAACCCCUAAGCCAGACCGUUACGGCAGCAUUCUUGAAGCACUGAAUAAUAACCACACCAUGUUCAUGUCAGGGAAGGAGAUCAAGAAGAAGAAGCACCUAUUUGGGCUGAGGAUCCGCUUCCCCCCGGCGCCCCAGAACACCGACUCCAGGCUGGACCGCGAGCCUGAGAAGGCCUCCCACGAGAUCAAGAUCAAAGGCCGCAAGUCCACCAAGCCCAUCCCAGAGCCCAGUGAGCUGAGCAACGGAGUAGUGAAGAAAGGAAAGAGGAAGCACACAAGCUGCCACUCCUACGAGACUCUGGCCAAGCUGAGGAGAUCGAGUGACCUCCCCACCCAGGAUAAUGAAAUUCCACCAGCAGUGGAGAAGCAUGCAUUGGACCUACUGGCUUCGAAGAGCAGCCGAAGUGAUAAAUCUGUGCCGUCUUCAAGUACCUCAGACGUGGAGUCCAUCAGUGCCACGAGCACCACUGAAACUACCUCAACAAGCCUUUCCAGACAGUCCAGCCUGUGCAGCUCGAGCAGGACCCGCACCGGCCGCCUGUGGCCAAUCACGCAGCCUUCCGCCCUGAGGAGGGGGCGGAGGCGGGGCCGCCCGCGACGGGCGCUGCAGCCGCCCAACCCGGAGAUCCCGGCGGCCGUGCCCGAGCCGGCCGAGCCCUGCCCCCUGCCGGGCCUCCACACGGACAUUGUGCACAGCCUGGACCAGGAGAGCCAGCUCAGCCACCUCAAGAGCUCCAUCACCAGCUACUUCGGGGCGGCCGGCCGCAUGGCCUGCGGGGAGAAGUACCGCGUGCUGGCCCGCCGCGUCACGCUGGACGGGAAGGUCCAGUACCUGGUGGAGUGGGAGGGCGUCACCGCCUCGUAGGCUCAGUGUCCGCGACGGGGGGGGUCACGCCACGGGAGGGUCACGCCACGCCACGGGAGGGUCACGCCACGCCACGGGAGGGUCACGCCACGCCAGCCCCAGAACGGGACGAGCCGCCUCGUCCUGUCAACCGGCCGCUGAGCGACACGUUCAUACAGCUGGCUUCGUCCAUUUCGGGGUUUGGCGUGGCCUGACUUUUCCAUCG